CUGGAUCUUUUGUUCUCGUUGUUGUCUUGUUGUCUUGUGGGUUAUUGUGCCUUUGUUUCCGAUCCAUUCCCGUUGCUCAUCCCGACAAUGAUCCAAUGACCACGCAGGACCAAGGACAUUCAUCAACCCCGCAUUCUGUCCAACACACCGUAAACAAUCUCCGUCUCCAAUUCCCAUCCCAUAGACACAAUGGCAACAGAACAAAGCGACCAGUACCCCCUCACUAGAUGGUACAUCGACACGCGUCCUCUCACAUCCACCAUCUCGACCCUCCCUCUCCUGGAGACCCUACAACCUGCUGACCAGGAAACCGUGCAACGCUUCUACCACCUUCGCGACAGACACAUGUCCCUGGCCUCCUACCUGCUCAAGUACCUCUUCAUCCACCGAACCUGUCGCAUCCCCUGGUCAACCGUGAAGCUCAGUCGCACCCCGGCCCCGCAUAACCGGCCCUGUUUUAUUCCUUCCGUCUCCGACGCCUCCAUCCCUGCCAUUGAGUUCAAUGUCAGCCAUCAGGCUUCACUAGUCGCGCUCGCAGGGACGACCAUAUCUCCAGCUGCAGUCAAUUCUAGCGCUUCCAACCCCAUCAGCUCCACCCCCUCCCCAUCCACCUACCCCGGAAACACCCCGCAGGUCGGAAUCGACAUAACAUGCGUCAACGAGCGGCGCAACACGCGCUCGCAACCCCCACCAUCCAGCAUCCCUGAAUUCACCUCCUUCGUCGACAUCUUCGCCGAAGUCUUCUCCGCACGGGAGCUCGCUACCAUUAAGUCCCUGCACGGCAUCCCGCCGCACCUCAACACCACCGACGCGAAGAAGGUCGAAUAUGGGUACCGGCUGUUCUACACGUACUGGGCGCUCAAGGAGGCGUAUAUCAAGAUGACCGGGGAGGCGUUGCUGGCGCCGUGGCUGCGGCAGUUGGAGUUUACCGACGUUAAGGUUUUGGAGCCCGCUGGCGAGAGCGGCGACGAGUGCUGGAAUGGCCCGUAUACCGGGGUGCAGACGUGGUUGGAUGGGAAGAAGGUGGAGGGGGUGCGGGUCGAGGUGCUUGCUUUCCAGGAGGAUUAUUUGAUCGCGGCGGCGGCGAGGGGCGGAGGGAUUGGCGAUGGGGGGGAGGGGAGAUGGUUGGCGAUGGAGCAGAUUGACAUUGAACGGGAUGCAGUUAAUGGUCUCGGACACAAGCUGCUAGCAAUUUCUUGA